CGGGUCGGGCUGCCGGACUGAGUGGCCCACAGAGCUGCCCCGGGAGGUCUUCCAGGCUUAGGCUGUGCCGGCUCUGUCUCAAGCCACCGGACUAGGCGAAGGCCCCCCAGUGUGUGCCGGCCGCCACCAUGCCCUCCGCGUCUCCCGUGGGCUCCUGGGCCCCGGCGGCCCCCAACGCCACGGUGGUGGAGGCCAACGGCAGCGUGCCGGAGAAGCCUCUGUUCCACGUGUUCGCCCGGCUGGACGAGGAGCUGCACGCCGCCUUCCCGGGCCUGUGGCUGGCGCUGAUGGCGGUGCACGGCCUCAUCUUCCUGGCGGGGCUGGUGCUCAACGGGCUGGCGCUGUACGUCUUCUGCUGCCGUACCCAGGCCAAGACGCCGUCGGUCAUCUACACCAUCAACCUGGUGGUGACCGACCUGCUGGUGGGCCUGUCCCUGCCCACGCGCUUCGCCGUCUUCUACGGCACGCGCGGCUGCCUGCGAUGCGCCUUCCCGCACAUCGUCGGCUACUUCCUCAACAUGCACUGCUCCAUCCUCUUCCUCACCUGCAUCUGCGUGGACCGCUACCUGGCCAUCGUGCAGCCCGAUGGCUCCCGCCGCUGCCGCCAGCUGGCCUGCGCCAGGGCCGUGUGCGCCUGCGUGUGGCUGGCCGCCGGCGCCGUGACCUUGUCGGUGCUGGGCGUGACGGCCGGCGGGCGGCCUUGCUGCCGCGUGCUGGCGCUGACCGUGCUGGAGUUCCUGCUGCCGCUGCUGGUCAUCAGCGUGUUCACCGGCCGCAUCGUGUGCGCCCUGUCGCGGCCGGGCCUCCUGCGCCAGGGCCGCCAGCGCCGCGUGCGGGCCAUGCAGCUCCUGCUCACGGUGCUCGUCAUCUUCCUCGUCUGCUUCACGCCUUUCCACGCCCGCCAGGUGGCCGUGGCGCUGUGGCCGGACGGGCCGCCCCGCGCCAGCCUAGUGGCCUACCACGUGGCCGUGACCCUCAGCAGCCUCAACAGCUGCCUGGACCCCGUCGUCUACUGCUUCGUCACCAGCGGCUUCCAGGCCACCGUCCGAGGCCUCUGCCGCCGCCACGGAGCCGGGUACGAGCCCAACAGCGGCAACAUGGUCAGCGUGCGCAAGAGCUCCCGCGGCUCGGGCCACCAUCACAUCCUCAGCGCCGGCCCCAGCAUCUUCACCCAGGACCUGACCAACGGGCCUGACGCUUAGUCGGCGGGACCCUGCCGGGGGCCCAGAGGUCAGGACCAGGUGGGGCAGACUGGACCAGUCCAGGCCAACGGAGACCUCGGCUCUGCCUGGGGGUGUGGGUGGGAGGGCCGACUGCAUUGCCCCUGAUUGAUUGGUGAUGGCUGCCCCGCUCGCUGCCUGCGGAAGGGAUCUGAGGCCACACAGCUCCGAAGUCGGUUAGCAAUGUCUGCCUCGGGUUCCGCAGGGGAUGUGGUAGUCCAGACGCCGACGGCUUAUCAUCCCGGGGGCACAGACCAUGUCGGGUGAAAACGCAGAGGAGCACCCCAGAGCUGCUUCUCUCCUGGCCCGUCCUCACCCUACAAGGGACUCCUCAGAAACAGGCACUAGGAAUCCCAAAGCGGUUCUGCUCCCACUGCUCUCAUCCCCUCCUGCGCAUAUCUGCCCCCCACAGA